AUGCCCGCUUACAGACCAACCGCUGGGAGGCGCUAUCACUGGCCCGAACUACAGUUAAACAUUUGGUUACUCACGGUGUUGGUGGGCUCAGCAACAUGUCUCGGAGUAUAUGCAUGGUUUAUGGUCGUUCAGUCACAACUAAACCUGGGCAUCCCAUGGCUUUUCCCGUUCAUGGUCACUGUCGGAGCCCUUGGGGUAGCAUUCGUCAUAACCAUCCUGGUCCUUGCUGCUCAACGAUUUCUGCUACCCGGAAUCAUAAUAAUCGGCAGUUUUAUUCUUUUCUCGUUGUGGUUGACGGGAUUGAUCGAAACGGCAUUGCAAUUGUAUGGCGGUCAAGCGAACGUCAAUUCGAAUUGCCAAAACUACGUGACAAAUAUGCCGUACUCGGGCAAUACUGUUGAGGCGCUGGCAUGGUUGACACAAAACACGAUAUGUAACUGCUGGAAAGCCGCAUUCGCCUUUGAGGUGGUCAAUACGAUAUUCUAUUUUUGGAUGAUGGUCAUGUCGUGGCAAGUGCAUAGAGAUGCCACUUAA